AAGCAUCCCGCGUACCUACCCCAUUCGACAUUUGGUUGGAGAAGGAAAUAGGAGAGAGACCGGCGUCAUCCGAGUGGCGGGGCUGCGUGCGACAAACCAAAGUUACACUGCCCGCCGCCGUACACCAACACUUUCUUCGACUCUUCGCCGUCGCGUCCUUCCGCAAACGCCGGUCAAUUUGCGCCCGUUUGCAGGUUCCAGGUUUCCAAGGUUCCCCAGAAACAAGACGGUAUGGAUGCCGACAUGACUUCGGCGGCCGAGUCUGCGUCGCAGAAGCAAGACUCCAUGUCGCCGUCGCAGCCGUCCGUGUCCGCCUCGUCCAACCGAGACCCCUCGACGGGGCCCACCGCCGCGACGACCGCGGCCACGACGGCCGGACAGUUGAGCUUCAGGAGACAACGAGCUUCCCGAGCCUGUGAAACAUGUCAUGCCCGCAAGGUCCGAUGCGAUGCUGCCAGCCUUGGUGUACCGUGCACAAACUGCGUCGCCUUCAAUAUCGAAUGUCGCAUCCCGUCUCCAAAGAGAAAGAAGGCACAGGCUGGGAUGCAGUCGAAGGAUUCAGACAGUGCAAGCGAGCGAGGAGAUGCCUCCCAAGAACGGUCUUCUCAACCACCCAACCACGCCUCCCUUACGACGCGACCCCCCGCCGUCUAUCACACAUCGGAGGGAACGCCGUCGACUGCUGUUUCAGAAGCGCAGGCGAAGAAAGACGAGGUAGACCAGGCCACCUACAUUAACAUGGUCAUGAAACCCAGCUUCACAAGAGCCCCCAUCACCGACGCCGGACGGGUUGCAUAUCUGGGCGAGUCGUCCAACUUGACGCUACUAGUCCACGACCGCCAGGGGUCUGCCGACGUGGUCCACUAUCCCCUGCCUGAGAACAUAAGGGGUUCUAGGGCGAGGCUGACGGAGCUGGACAAUGUCGAGAUCGAUAUCCUGCACCAGCGAGGCGCCUUCCUCCUACCCCCCAGGGCGCUCUGCGACGAGCUCAUCGACGCCUACUUCAAAUGGGUCCACCCCAUCGUCCCGGUCAUCAACCGUACCAGGUUCAUGAGGCAAUACCGCGACCCGAAGAAUCCACCAUCACUGCUCCUCUUGCAAGCCGUCCUGCUGGCCGGAUCCCGGGUCUGCAACAACCAACAGCUCAUGGACGCCAAUGGCUCGACCACGCCCGCCGCUCUGACCUUUUACAAGAGAGCCAAGGCCCUCUACGAUGCCAACUACGAGGACGACAGGGUGACCAUUGUCCAGGCACUGCUGCUGAUGGGAUGGUAUUGGGAAGGCCCAGAGGAUGUCACUAAGAACGUCUUCUACUGGAGCCGAGUGGCAACCAUCGUCGCCCAGGGCUCUGGCAUGCAUCGGAGUGUCGAGGGCUCACAGCUCAGCAAAGCCGACAAGAGGCUGUGGAAGCGCAUUUGGUGGUCUUUGUUCACCAGGGACAGAUCCGUCGCCGUUGCGCUGGGCCGGCCCGUCCACAUCAACCUGGACGACUCGGACGUGGAGAUGGUUACCGAGGACGACUUCAUCGAGGACGAGGCCGACCAACCUAGCGAAUACCCUCCCGACCCGGUACACGUCCACUUCUUCUUGCAGUAUGUCAAGCUCUGCGAGAUCAUGGGCCUGGUCCUCUCGCAGCAGUACUCUGUCGCGUCGAAAGGGCGCAGGCAGAGCCCGAUAGAUCUCGCCCACAGCGACAUGGCACUCGCGGAUUGGCUCCAGAAUUGUCCCAAGCUGGUAUACUGGGAGGUGCCGCGGCACCAUUUCUGGUCGGCCCUGCUCCAUGCUAACUACUACACCACCCUGUGCCUGCUGCACCGAGCCCACAUGCCGCCGAGCGGGUCGUCGCGAUUUCAAGAUGAUUCCGUCUACCCGUCGAGGAACAUUGCCUUUCAAGCGGCUGUCAUGAUCACGUCCAUUAUCGAGAAUCUCUCCGCGCACGGAGAACUGAGAUGCUGCCCUGCCUUCGUGGUGUACAGUCUCUUUUCGGCGCUCAUCAUGCAUGUGUACCAGUUGCGGUCGCCGGUGCCCACCAUACACCAGGGUGCGCAGGAGAGGAUAAGAAUCUGCAUGGCGGCCCUGAAAGACGUGUCGCGGGUGUGGCUGGUCGGGAAGAUGGUCUACACUCUCUUCGAGUCGAUUCUCGGAAAUAAGGUUCUGGAAGAGAGGCUCCAGAAAGCGGCUGGUAAGAGGCAUAGGAAAGCUCAGCAGAGCCUUGCGCGGUUGGAGCAGUAUCAGCAGCAGAAUGCCCAACGGGGCUCUCAGGACCCGAAAAGGAAAUACGACGACAUGGCCAUUGAUUUCAGCGUCAACACCCCUCAGCCGCAGGAAUCGUACGAGCGCUCAAGACCGCAGACGCCGAGUCUAGCUAUGAAGACGGAGAUGGCCUCGGGGAUGAUGGCCCCUCCGGUUACGUCGCCCAAUGCGAGGCACAACACCGAUACGGUCAUGGGGGGCACCACCUCAUCCCGCCACAAUACCCGGCCAACGACGCCAUUCAACCCAUCCUUCUCGGUACCCACGACACCACCAGACCUGUACUUAUUCACAAGGAAUUCGCCAAACCUGUCGCAGGCCAUCUGGGAGAACUUCCAGCCGGACCAGCUCUUCCCAGAGGGCGCCAACAUCCUCUCCGUACCCCAGCUCUCGCCCUCGCAGACACAGCAGACGCUCGACCCCAGCCUCAUGGCCCAGAUGCCGCCGCAGGGGAUGCAGUCCCAGGGGGACGGCCAGUUCGGCGGGCAGGGUAUGUCCGACAAGCGCGGCCUGGCCGGCAGCCCGCUGCAGAACCACGGCAUGCUCCAGCCGGAGCUCGCGGGGUUCUCGGGCCAGGCCAACAAUAUGUGGCAGACGGGGUAUGACCUCCCCGAGGGCCACAGCCCCGGCGACAGCUGGAGCACGAGCUCUUCUGCGCCGGGGCAGCCUGUGCCGUCUACUUUGAACGUGGAAGACUGGUGAGUAGUUCCUGGCAAAUGUUUUUAUGGUCUCUGUAUUUCCCUGGCAUCUCAAACUGACACUGCGAAACUCGCAGGUUUCAAUUCUUCGGCAUCAAUGGUGAGACGAGUGGGAUUAACUUGGAUAUGCCUCUAGGUUAGGGACCUAGCCA